CAAAGGAAGCUCCUUGGUGGAGAAAGCACCCAGCAUCCCCCUCCAUGCACAGAAGUGCCUGAUUCCCAGCAGAGCGCGGUGUGACGCCAGAUCGUGGCUCUCGCAGGAUCAGAAGACUUUUCCAGCAGGGGAGGCAGCUUUGAAAUGCACCCCACACACCAAGAUCUGUUUGCGCUGAAUUAUGAGACUUACAAAAAAUGAGUGAACAUUAAAACCCCGAGGAGGCAGAGUUUCCUUACCUAGUGCCUGAUCCAAAACCCAUUAAGUCAAUGAAAAGAGUCACUGACUUCAGGGAGCUUUGGAUCAGCCCCCAAAUGCCUUAUCCGGUGGGGUGCUGAGUCCCUCCUGUGAGAUGCUGGGCUGCUUUAUUUCCUGCCGCUGUCAGUGGGUGUUUGGGAGACCAGGGCGGGCACCAGACAGCCAGUGAGGUCAAUUGACAUCUCUGCAGCAAGCUGUUUGCACACAAAGGCCAGUCCCAGGACAAGGCAUCGCUUAUCACCAGUCUGAACUGAAUGCAAAUGAAGAAUUGUAAAAAGGAAUCUCAGAAAUAAACUGACAGGAAGAGGAACACAGCAGGGGAAGAGAACCUUAUCUUGAGAAAAAGUGUCUUCAUUGGGAGCCCAGUUUUGCAAUGCAAAAUGCUGAAUGUGUCUUACAGUCAAAGUGAGAUGAGGAUGCUCAGCAGCUCUAAGAAUUAGGCUCACGUGUCUUCAGGCUGAAAAUGAUAUCAGGCACAAACCAUGAAUUACGUUGGGCAGUUAGCAGGCCAAGUAUUUUUUACUGUGAAGGAGCUCUACAAGGGAUUAAAUCCUGCCACGCUAUCUGGAUGUAUUGAUAUAAUUGUCGUACAUCAGCCAGAUGGAAGUCUUCAGUGUUCCCCUUUCCAUGUGCGCUUUGGGAAAAUGGGGGUUCUGCGUUCUAGAGAGAAAGUGGUUGACAUAGAAAUUAAUGGUGAACCUGUAGAUUUGCACAUGAAACUAGGAGACAAUGGAGAGGCAUUUUUUGUACAGGAAAUGGACAAUGAUCAGGAGGUAAUUCCUUACCACCUUGCUACCUCCCCCAUUCUAUCAGAGGGAGCUGCUCUGAUGGAAUCACAGCUGAAGAGAAACUUAAUGGACAGGGUGAGGAACCUGGAGUCCACUGGAUCCUCACAGGUAUCAAUCCCCGGUCUUGCUUCCCAGUCUGCUAUAGAAAGCUCCUCGAUUUGUGUCUCUGUGAAGAAAAGAAGGAAGAGGAGGAGGAAAUCUACCCAUAAACUUGACAGUUUAAAAAGAGAAGAGCAUGGAGACACAUCAGAAGAUGAAGAAAUGUUUUCUAUACAGAUUAGUUCAGAGGAAGAGAAUGAGCCCGUGGACAAUAUGAGGAUAUCUGUUACGGAUGAGUUUAGUGAAGAAGUGUCUGAAAUAAAUGCUUCUGGAAUCAGUAUGCUUUCACAGUCUGCACCAUACGCCCAUUCAGAUGGAGAGUGGUCACACCUUCAGAGUCCCUCAGGUUCACGCCCUCCCACUCCUAAGAGCGAUUCAGAAUUAGUCAGUAAAUCUUUGGACAGGGGGAUGCAGAAGAAUAACCCACAAAUGCACUGGGCCUGGGGAGAACUACCUCAAGCUGCAAAGUCCACUUCUCUACUCAAGGCAAAGGAAUCCAGCAUGGUGAAUGUAAACCCUUCAGAAAGCACUCAUUUUCGGGUCAUUCAGAGUGAGUCUGCGGAGGAGAUAAGCAGCUUGACUGAUUUACCUGCCAUUGGGCAGGCAGCUGUUGCGGCUUCUGAUGUAAAUGACCCCCAGCCAGCGCCAGCUGAGAUAAAUGAACCAGAGAUAGAGGCUCUAGGAGCAGCUGCACCAUCACUGCCUGCAAAUGAAGAAAUCAAACAAGCUGCAGCUUGUUUAGUCCAGCAAGCAAGCAAAACAGAUUCCCCUUCUAGAAAGAAAGAUAAACGAAGCCGGCAUCUUGGUGCUGAUGGUGUCUAUUUAGAUGACCUCACUGACAUGGAUCCAGAAGUUGCUGCUCUUUAUUUCCCCAAAAACGAUGAUAAUAUUGCACAUGGAAAGAAUGCAAAUGAAAAUGGACCACGGUCAGCCAAUCAGUCCCCUCACUCUGGUGGAAGUUCAGGUGUUGACAGUGGCGUUGAAGGUGUCUCGGAUGGAAUAAGAGACUUGCCUUCAAUUGCCAUUUCACUCUGUGGAGGUCUUAGUGACAACAAAGAGAUAACAAAAGAUCAGUUCUUAGAACAAGCAGUAACGUAUCAGCAGUUUGUGGACAAUCCUGCUAUCAUUGACGACCCCAACCUUGUGGUUAAGAUUGGAAAUAAGUACUACAACUGGACAACAGCUGCUCCACUUCUACUGGCAAUGCAAGCAUUCCAGAAACCUUUGCCAAAGGCCACUGUGGAAUCUAUUAUGAGGGAUAAGAUGCCCAAGAAAGGCGGAAGAUGGUGGUUUUCAUGGCGAGGGAGGAAUAGCACUAUCAAAGAGGAAACCAAGCCAACGCAAGAUUUGAGUGGGAAUGUGCUUACUACAGAAGAGGAGUCAUCACAAAUGAGCAUUGCAGACAGACUAAAGGAUGAAUCUUCUUCAAGUGAUGAAGACCCGAGAGCUGCAAAACCAAACAUUGGGUCAUUACAAACAAACUCAAGUCAUCUCUCAUUAUUGUCAGGAAUCAGUUACAAAAAGACCCUUCGACUCACUUCUGACCAGCUUAAAAGUCUAAAGCUCAAGAAUGGCCCUAAUGAUGUGAUCUUUAGUGUUACGACACAAUAUCAAGGCACAUGCCGCUGUGAAGGCACCAUCUACUUGUGGAAUUGGGAUGACAAGGUUAUUAUUUCUGACAUCGAUGGAACUAUCACAAGGUCGGAUACUUUAGGCCAUAUUUUGCCCACUCUUGGCAAGGAUUGGACGCACCAAGGGAUUGCAAAGUUGUACCAUAAAGUGAGCCAAAAUGGGUACAAAUUUCUGUAUUGCUCGGCACGUGCUAUAGGAAUGGCAGACAUGACCAGAGGAUAUUUGCACUGGGUCAACGAACGAGGAACAGUGCUACCUCAAGGACCUGUGUUGUUAAGUCCAAGCAGCUUGUUCUCAGCUUUUCACAGGGAAGUGAUAGAAAAGAAGCCAGAAAAAUUUAAAGUUCAGUGUCUGACAGACAUCAAACAUUUGUUUCAUCCGAACACAGAACCCUUUUAUGCUGCCUUUGGAAACAGACCUGCCGAUGUUUAUUCCUACAAGCAAGUGGGGGUCUCUUUAAACAGAAUAUUCACAGUUAAUCCCAAAGGAGAACUUAUACAAGAGCAUGCAAAAACCAACAUCUCAUCUUACGUCAGACUCUGUGAGGUGGUCGAUCACCUGUUUCCUUUGCUGAAAAGAAGCCAUUCUUCAGACUUCCCUUGUUCUGAUACCUACAGUCAGUUCACGUACUGGAGGGAACCACUACCACCUUUUGAAAACCAGGAUAUUCAUCCGUCCUCAUCUUAAAUGCAUCUACAGCCUCUUGUUCAAAGGACUGGUUAUCGUAUAUUUAAAAGACACAGCUUGGUUUUUGCCUUGGAUAGAUCAGCUGGAAUCUGUGCUAUUGAUUUGCUCUGUCUAGUGCACUGAUGGAAAUCAUUGUAACACCUCAUUUUGAUGCGCUGAAUGCAAAGACGUUAAAGAUAUAUUGUAAUAAAUGCAAAGAGCUGAAAAAUAA